AUGCCCUCCACCACCAUGGAUGCCCCUCGCGUUGACGACCACGCCGCACACAUGGUCGUCUACCAAAUCACCCUCUCCGCCCUCAUCAUCACCCUCAUCGCCCUCAUCGGUUCUCUAGGCUACAUCAACUGGCGCUACUGGAAGGUCCGCGGCCAGGGCGUCAAGGCCGUGGAGCUCGCGCAGAAGCUCAUGGAAGCCGUGCGUCGCCGCGACGACCAGCUGGACGACAUUGAAGCGCAGCUCAUGAACUCGCAGCAUGCACGUGGUGGUUCCCGGGUCGCGUCUCCCCGCAUCCAAACUAGCGGACGAAUUCUCAAUGGUCCGGCUUUUGUCGUGGGUGAUGAUAGCGACGACGAUGAUGAGACUGUGGUGGGUACCGUCUGCACCGGUCAUGGUGUCGUUGUGACCCCGACGCGGGGGGAGAAGCAGAUGUACAUGCCGCACAAGGCUGUGCUAGUCGACGAAGACGGUGAUGAUGAUGUUGAUGAUUUUGAUACUGCUGACUUUGAUCAACGUAGCGUUUCACCACCCCCUGUGGCCUCUGGCCGAGGUAGGUCCUUGGCCCGUCACGAUAUGAACUUUGAGAUGGGCCAUAUGGUGGCCACGCCUGUUUUUAGGACGCUCGCAUGA